UGAUUACUUGACAAGAAUUUUUUUUUUUUUAAUAUUAAACAUAUAAAGGAUUGUUAUACUCAAACGUGCAGUAGUUUAAAAUGAUAAUCAGCUGGCAUAUUAAGAUGACGUUUUACUUUCAUCAUGAAAUUACUUUUUUAAAUUUCACCAAGUGUGAAUGAAUUUCGAUCGCACUCUAAUUUUUUCUUUCAAAACAAGUAUCUGUGUAGCAGAUCACCCACCAAGUUUUAUAGAAUCCUAUCCAAUCAACCUGUCAUUUAUUUUUUUCUCUUAAUAAUUUUUUUUCUAAUCAUAUAAAACUGAAUUCUUUUUGUCAUCUAUUGAAAUUUAAGUUAAGAAUUUGUAUUCAAAUUGUUAACAAAUCUAAUUAAUUGAAAUGGAUAUGUAACGUAUUGUUACUCUUGGGGCUUAGGAUAGUGUUCAUCACGUGUCCUCGAUUCUUUUUCAGUUCAUGAUGACUGAUUAUUCAUUCUGCAAAAAAUAAUUAACAGGGAUUAAGUAGCGUACAAGUUUUUCUAACCUCUUCACAUGUUUCAUUCAGUGACUGGAGAAAAAAUUGAACAGCCACAUUUAAAGCGUAUAAUAUUGCUUAACAAACUAACUCGUUGGGAAGUCUUAUGUAAAGAAGCACAGGGUAAUCCAAAUAUUUUAUCUGAGAUGGAAAUGACAUUUCCAGGAAUGAAAGAAACACACCGUGUUCAUUCUUCUUCAGUGAAUCAUAUUCUGCAUGUAUUCAAGGAUAUUCAUAACGUCGAUGUAGAAGUAGUCAAAGCUCAGUCAUUAUCUAGUAUUGAUAGGCUAGAUAUAGAUGCUGUUGUGAGUGCUGGUGGAGACGGCACAUUUUUAGAAGCGGCUUCUUUAAUUAAUUUUACACCGCUUGCAUGUUUUUGCUCAUCAACCGAUUUUUCUUCCACAAAAUGUCUGCUAGAAAAAAAUUCCUUUAAUUUUCUUAAAAUGGGAUCGCCUACAGUUGAAAAAGAUGAUAGUGGAAAACGUGUUAACGUCAGAAAUCAACCUCUAUGGGUUUUCGGAUUAAAUACAAAUCCUGCGAGAUCUGAAGGUCAGCUUCUUUUGAAAUCAUGCGAACUGGAAAAGAAUCAUUUCCAUUCUUAUUUACCGAAUAACGUAAAUCAAGACAACUAUAACAAAAGCACUCUUUCAAAGCAAAAGUCAAACCAACCUUUUGUGGCACAUUCACAAAUCAAUGAUAUUCAAGAAAACAAAAGCGAUCACGACCAUCAUCACAGUUUAACAAAGGCUAUACAACGUUUAGUAAACAGAGACUACGUACCUAUCCAAAGACGUCGUCUUCGGGUCUCUAUAAUAGAAACGUUUCGACUCAGUUCCCAGGAAGUCAAUAACAACGUGCCAUUACGUACCACGUGUUUUUCUAAUGAUGGUGAUCGAUUAUCAUGCAUGGACCGACAUUAUCCAAAAAGUUUACAAAUACUCGAAAAUAAUAAUGUCAAUAUGUUAGAAUCCCGUGAUGUUCAACCAAGUUUAGUUCAAUGUCAUAAUUUAAAAAAAAAUUACAUUGAUGUCUUAAAGAAUGAUUCAGCAUGUACAAAUUCAUCCUUUCGAUUAAUUGAAUAUCGCUCAGUUAAUGACGUGUUUUUAACAAAUUCACAAAACAAUCGUACACUGUAUGUUGAAUUGAGUGUUGAUGACAAUCCUCCGUUUCGUUCUAAAAAUUCAGGUGUUCUAAUAUGUACAGGAUCUGGAAGUACAGCAUGGGCAUUUAAUAUGAGCCGCAUUGAAGACGAUGCAGUGGAAAGUAUUAGAAAUCAUUUGCUUAGUAACAUUCCUUCAUCGGUUUUAAAAAAUUCAGAGAUUCCAUCGACUUCUUCUUUAAAAGAAGAGGCCAACGCAAAGCUCAUCUUUGAUCCACAAGAACUGCGUAUGCGUUUCGUUCUUCGUGAACCCAUUAACAAUAGAGUAUUUCGAAAUUCUCGUUCGUGCGGUUUUUGCAAACGAAUCAAACUAACUCCUUUAACUGUAAACACAUGCCUUUAUUUUGAUGGUUUGGGUGUUAUGCCGCUUCAAUACGGUCAAUCUGUGUGCAUUGAAAUCGGCCAUGAAGAAGAUUGUCUUCUUACUGCAGUAUAGAAAUAGUUCCAAAAGUUGUGUGUAAGAAAUUAAACGUUAAAAGUUUACCAUUUGUUGGAUGUUAUUUAAAAUAAACUUUGUAAUAAACUUAUUCUUGAAAAGUUAUAAACAUUGUUUUCUAUUCUGACAAGAUGAGCUCGG